AUGGAGGUUAUCAAGUCUCUUCCCCUGCCUACCCUCGAUCGUCCUUUCGGCAUCGAGCUAUGGCCUGUUUUCGCCAAAGGCUAUCAAGCCAUCUUUGGCUAUUCUCCGUCCGAAUUCAGAUUUGAGCAGGGAAAGACUCCCAUGUCGACCUGGAAAGAGACGGUCAUAGCAUUGACUUCAUAUUACAUUAUCAUCUUCGGCGGACGAGAACUCAUGAAGCACCGCAAGCCCUUCGUCCUGAACGGUCCCUUCAUGGUGCACAACUUCUACUUGACCGUCAUCAGCGGUGGGCUUCUGGCACUCUUCAUUGAGCAGCUUCUCCCCACCCUGGCGCGCGGCGGCAUCUUCCACGCAAUCUGCAGCUACGACGGCGGUUGGACUGAUCCCCUCGUCAUGCUCUACUACAUGAACUAUCUUACCAAAUAUCUCGAACUCAUCGAUACCGUCUUCCUUGUCCUCAAGAAGAAGCCGCUCACGUUCCUGCACACCUAUCAUCAUGGUGCAACUGCUCUUCUUUGCUUCACUCAGCUCCUUGGCCAUACCUCAGUCUCCUGGGUGCCCAUCACACUCAAUUUGACCGUCCAUGUGGUCAUGUAUUGGUACUACUUCCAAUCUGCGCGGGGUAUUCGCAUCUGGUGGAAGAAAUACAUCACCAUGCUCCAAAUCAUCCAAUUCGUCAUCGACCUUGUCUUCGUCUACUUCGCAUCCUACACCUACUUCUCCAACACCUAUUUCCCAUGGGCUCCCAACUAUGGAACUUGCGCCGGAGAAGAAUUUGCCGCCUUUGCUGGCAUGGCUAUCCUCAGCUCUUACUUACUCCUCUUCAUCUCCUUCUAUUUCGCAACCUAUCGAAAGCAAACCGUUUCCGGAAGACCUAGGAGGAAUACGGGAAAGGAAGCUCUCAUUGCUAUGAAGGAUUUGCCCUUGCCAGACCCACAUAAGCUCCAAGAGGAAGAGCAUAAGAAGACCGGCAACGGUGCAGUCACGACUGGAAGAUCUAAUGGACCUACCACCAGGUCUCGGAAGGCUUAG